AUGGUACGGGGGCGGUCCGAAAGGGGUGGCCGAGUACAUAUUCAUCUUGUUAGGUAUGCGCUUGGAUGCGCCGGCUUCGGCAAACACAAUAAGAGCCUUCUUUACCCCUCUCUACAGAGUGGGGUACACUCCCACAUCCCCCUAUGUCCUUCUACCUACAGUCCCCCUACGCUUAUGGAAAACUUAUUAGAGCACGGCCCGUCGGGGAAUCCUUUUUCCUUCGGUAAAUAUUUGAGAGAGAAAUUAAAAUUUGACAGCGAACGUUCUUACCGAGGACGGUCUAUUCUAUAUGCUCAUCGGAUGUGUGGUGUGUGUCGAUACGAUUAUGAAUGCGCGGUAGGAGGCUGCUCCCUGCCCAGCUUCCUCGGAGGCGGUGGGAGGAAGCCCGCUCUGGGAGAAUCAAUAAAAAUACGCGAGGAAAGCGUUGAUUAUACAACGGGAAUUCGUACGAAACAGCUCUUUCAAUAA